UGGUUUCUUUUUUACUUAGCGCUAAAAAGCGAUGAAUUUGAUGUGCUUGUUGUAGGUGGUGGUGCAACUGGUGCUGGAGUUGCUCUAGAUGCGCAAACACGGGGUUUAAAGACUGCUUUGGUGGAAUAUGAUGAUUUUUCGAGUGGAACUAGUUCACGUAGUACAAAGCUGAUCCAUGGUGGAGUCCGAUAUUUGCAAGCAGCCAUUUUUGGUUUAGAUCUGGAACAAUAUCGAAUGGUUAAAGAGGCAUUAUUUGAACGGGCGAACCUGCUCAAUUGUGCUCCACACUUGUCUUAUCCAUUGCCAAUAAUGCUUCCUAUUUACAAACUGUGGCAGGUCCCUUAUUACUGGCUUGGUAUUAAAGCGUAUGAUUUUGUGUCGGGCAAACGAUUACUUAAAGCUUCUUAUUAUAUCAAUAAAGAGCAAGCUUUAGAACGUUUUCCCGCAUUGAAAAAAGAUUCAUUAAAAGGCGCACUCAUUUAUUAUGAUGGUCAACAUAAUGAUGCACGGAUGAAUCUUUCAAUAAUUCUUACGGGUAUUGGCCAUGGCGUUAAAGCAGUGAAUCAUACCAAAGUAGAAAAACUGUUAAAAGAUGCAGAUGGGAAGAUCUGUGGAGCAGCUGUGAGAGAUAUGAUAACGAACGAGCAAUAUAAUAUCAAAGCAAAAGCAGUAGUGAAUGCAACUGGUCCCUUUACUGAUUCAAUAAGACAAAUGGCUGAUCCCGACGCUAAACCGAUAUGUCAGCCGUCCGCUGGUGUGCACGUUGUACUUCCUGGUUAUUACAGUCCUUCGAAUACUGGACUUUUGGAUCCAGCAACUAGUGAUGGUCGCGUGAUAUUUUUUUUACCAUGGGAAAAAAUGACUGUUGUGGGCACGACUGAUGCUUCCACUCCUGUCACUUUCAAUCCUAUGCCAACCGAUUAUGAAAUUGAAUUUAUUUUGAAUGAAAUUAGAGGCUAUUUGUCAAAGGAUAUCAACGUACGACGUGGUGAUGUAACGAGUGCUUGGUCUGGUUUACGCCCUCUGGUUCGAGAUCCUAAUAAGAAAGAUACGAAGUCACUUGCUCGAAACCAUGUAAUCGAAGUGUCGAAGAGUAAUCUGGUAUCCAUAGCAGGUGGAAAAUGGACGACAUAUCGGAGUAUGGCUGAAGAAACAGUUGAUACUGUUAUAAAGGCGUGUAAUCUAACUCCUUCUAAUCCAUGCGUUACGGCUGGUCUUCUUUUAAUGGGUGCGCAUAACUGGUAUCCCCUGCUACAUAUUCGUCUGGUUCAGGAUUAUGGACUUGAUGAAGAUGUUGCAAAACACUUAUCAAAUACUUAUGGAGAUAGAGCUUUUGCUGUCGCAGGAAUGUGUAGAGUGACUGGUCGUCGAUGGCCCAUUGUUGGUCAUCGAUUGCAUAGCGAAUUUCCUUAUGUGGAAGCUGAAGUGCGCUAUGCAAUUAAAGAAUAUGCGAUGACAGCAGUCGAUGUCAUUGCACGACGCUUACGUUUGGCUUUUUUGAAUACCUACGCUGCUCAUGAAACACUAGAAAAAGUCGUCGAUAUAAUGGCUAAAGAAUUACAAUGGUCUAACGCUGAACGCAAAAGCCAGCUGGAAGCAGCUCGUUUGUUUCUUAACGAGCAAAUGGGUCAAAAUGCUCGUGCUCUAUCAUUAUCAAACGUACCGCUUUAUUUAACACACGAUGAAAUGAAGGCAGUUGAAGAAAAAUUUAAUUUACUUGACAAGGAUCGUAAAGGACAUAUUACAGUUAACGAUUUGCGGCGUCAUUUUAAAGAACACAGUCAAAAAAUCGAUGAACUUUUAUUGCAUGAACUUCUCAAUGAAGUCGACUUGAAUAAAAAUGGCGAAAUUGAGCUCACAGAGUUUUACCAACUAUAUAGCGGAUUAAAAGGUGGUCAGAUCUCUCAAAAUCGAUUGGUCAAAUAUUUGGAAGAAAUACAACAGACAAGUGCAAUUCCAGUGUUUCGUUCUGGUGGUGGGGUUUAG